AAGUGUUGCCGAAAAAUCCACCAGUUGCAUAUUUUAUAGGGGUGGUCAAUUUGCUUACGAAAGUUUUGAAAAUGGCAGCAAAUCCGCUGAAGUACGUGAAGGGGGUCCUAAAAUUUGUGAUUGACCGUCGAGGAUUCGACCAAGUGUUGGAAAAGCUGCAAAUCGUUUCGGCCGGUCAAGGGAAAUGCGUGGCGGAAAUGAUGGUGGAAAAGCAGCACACGAACCGGGGCAACACCCUGCACGGAGGAAUGACCGACGCGCUGGUCGACGGCGUGUCCACCCUCGCCCUCAUGAGCCACGAAAAAGGCACGCCCGGGAUCUCGAUCGGGAUUCAAGUGCAAUACUUGGGGGCCGCGAAAGUGGGCGACAAGCUCGUGAUCGACGCGGAAACCAAGAAGAUGGGAAAGUCGCUGGCCUUCAUGGACGUGCAAAUCACCAACACGAGCACCGGCAGUCUGAUUGCGUUGGGAUCGCACACCAUGUUGGUCGGCGAAAACUUUGGCGAUUUCAAAUACGAAAAGUAGUGAUCUCUUGACAAAUUUGUGCUUAGAAAUAAAAUAAAUUUUUUUAUAAAAAGUAUAAAUGAUCGUGAAUUUUCAAAU